UUUUUAUUAGCCAAGCAUAGCCAAGCACAACCAAGCAAAUGCUUUUUGUACCGUCGUACCAUCUGCAAGCGCUGGAUACUUUGGAUUAGUGCAGUUGGUCGAGGUGCUUGCGGUGCUAGAAUUCAGUGUUUUGCGGAAGAGAUUGUCUGCGGAGAUGCCUAAAAGAAAGAGAUACAAGGCGUAUCUAUAUGACGCUUUAGUAGGCGUCCCGGCCCGCACGAGAUGUAGAAGGAAAGCCGCUGAAUCGUCAAGCCAGGUUGUCCCCGACGAAGUCGGCAGUAGUCCCGGCGGUUCUGAGAGCGACGAGAACACGCUAGGUCAUUUAAGCGAAGAAAGUGCACUCGCUUCUGUAACAUUAGCAGCCAGUCCACUCAACCUGUCGAACUCUCACGAAGACGGCUUGCGCGAACGCAGCCUUAACAGCGGUGCAUGUUUAGACAGCGAGGACGGUGACGUUGCAAGCACGGAGCCAUGUGACUGCAGUUAUCGGGACAGCUCAUCGACCGCCGACGAGGAAAGCGACCAAGGACCGGAGGAAUCUCAACAGGAAGAAAAUGAACUGGAUGUACCACUCUAUCCGGAAGCCAAAAUUUCAAAAGGCCAAUCUCUGAUUAUGGUGAUGGCCCACAGUCUACGACAUCAUUCGUCCAAGGAGGCAACAGAGAGCCUUCUAAAAAUUAUCGAUGCCCACCUGCCGGAAGGCGCAACUUUCCCAAAGACGAAGUAUCUUUUCUUCAAGAACUUCUCCUCUGUGCUUGAAUGUGAACGUACAACACAUGUUUGUUGUCCAAAAUGUAGUGAGUACCUUGUUUCACUACCAUGUGCCACUGCUGAUAUAGUUUGCUUGCAAUGCACUACUCAGCACAGGAUUUCUAGUCUUGUAGAGUCAGGCUCAUUUUUCCUUACUCUUGAUCUUGACGCCCAGAUCAAAGAGAUUUUAUUGAGUGGAAAGCUUCCACAAAACCGAAGGGCUCCUGCGUAUGAUGUUGCAGACAUCACACAGAGCACAGGUUACGCCACUUUGCCCCUGACAGAUGAUGACAUAUCUUUUACAUGGAACACAGAUGGUGUGCCCCUUUUUAAAUCAUCUGGUCAAAGCGUGUGGCCCUUGCUCCUCCAAGUCAAUGAACUUCCCUUCAAAGAAAGGGUCCAGAAGCUUCUGCUUUUUGGCCUGUGGUUUGGCUCUGGUAAACCAAACAUGAAUGCAUUUUUAAAGCCAUACGUUGACACAAUGAACCGCCUUUCUUCUGAGGGAAUUUCAUGGACAACUAAGAGUGGCAUGGCUAAGACAUGUCGUGCAUACCCAGGCCCGUGCACUGUUGACACUGUUGCACGUUGUCUUGUCAUGAACAUGACACAGUUCAACGGUGCCCAUGGCUGUGCAUGGUGUGAGCAUAGUGGAGAAGUCAUUGCCAAGGGUAAAGGACACACACGGGUUUAUCCCAUUGAAGAGGCAGCACCGAGGCUAAGAACACAAAACAGCUUCGAAAGACACGUGGAACAGGCACAUCGAAGGGGGGAGCCAUCUUGCGGCAUCAAGGGUGCAAGUGUUUUGUUUUUCAUGGCAUUUUUGAAAUUUCCAUGUUCAUUCGUAGUCGAUUAUAUGCAUGCAGUCUGCAAUGGAUUUGUUAGGACUACAACUUUCAUGUGGUUUAGCCACAAAAGACAAACAGAAUUUAGUCUUGGAUCACAUCUCGGGGAAAUUGAUCAAAGAUUGAGCCAGCAGACGCCAAUCUGGGAAACCACUAGGCUGCCGCGUUCGCUUCGUGAAAUGAAGUUCUGGAAGGCUUCUGAAUGGCGUGACUGGCUUCUUUUUUUUUCUCCAGUCGUCCUUAAGGGUUUCCUACCCAGAAAGUAUUACAAAAACUGGACAAUGUUUGUGGCACUGAUGCACUUCUGUUUGCAACCAUCCAUUCCGCUGGACAGAAUUGCAGAAGUUAAGAAGCUGUUUGUACGCUUCUUGAAGGAUUAUCAAGAGCUGUAUGGAAGAGAGUGCAUGUCUUACAAUGCACACAUUCUUCUUCACAUGGUAGACCAUGUCAGCCAGUGGGGGCCAUUGUGGGGUUUCUCAGCAUACCCUUUCGAGUCAAUGAAUGGGAGGCUACUCCGCCUUGUGAAUGGCACAAGGUACGCCCAUGCGCAAAUUGUUGAGAAGUUUGCGAUCUUGAUGUCCCUUCCUCAAGUUGUCUCGAAGAAUAACAAGUGGCAAAGUGCCGACCUGCGGUCACUUGUUAAUUCACUAGUUAAAGGCUACAACCUCAAGAGGAAGUUCACACAAAAGGGAGCUGUAGUGCUGUACGGAAAGGGGAGCCAGCAAGGAAGCGCUAUUAUGUACCAGAAAGCAGCAGUUGGCGCAUUCACUUACUGCGUAGCUGCAAAGGAUAAGUCCAGACGAAAAAAUUCUUUUGUUGUUUCUAGCGCAGGUGUCUUUGGACAGGUUGUGAAUAUUUUUAUAAAUCGUAAUGAACAGUCAUGUUCUUGUGUGUUCUUCAAAAUCAAGAAACUGCAUGUUGUCGACAUUUUCCUUUCCUGUUUGGUUGACUGCCAGUCAGUCUAUUUUGCCUCUGUUGAGGAAACAAAUGACCAUGCCAUAGUAAGUGCAUUGGACAUUAAAAAGUGCAUGGUUCUUUACUCCUCAGGAAAAACAGUCUUGUCUGCAAUUCACGAGGAGUAUGUGUUAGAGUCAAAUUGAAAUGUCAGUCUGGUUACAGUGAUUACGAAAAAAUGAAAUGGCGCUGAACAACAGGACAAAGGGAGAGCACAUACACGGGCUCUGCUAACAACAUGUGUCUGCUUCGGUCGUCAUACAUAAGCAGACAGCCACUAUAUAGUCACAAGGAGCAAGCGCAAACUCAAACUUCAAAUUAGCAACUCAGGUACGAUAUCUCCUUUUGAAAGAAGGAAAAUGGAGGGUAGGCUUACACAUGCGUCUCCACUACUGUGGAUGUGAUAGGCCUGACCCAAGACGAGCACGUUCAUCUCGGUGCUUUGAUAAGAAAAUCGGAUUUUCGAAAUACGGCUCGCAGUCGCAUUCAAUGCAGUGACAGUUGACUAUCAGUGGCCUUCUUUUUAACUUUGUUCGCGGGCUCACCCAUGUGUACAUUAAUGCACCGGCCAGUUUGUCCAAUAUAGAAACGCCCACAAGACAGGGGGAUCUUGUAAACAAUGGAUACACAACACUUUUUUAAAAAAGGCUGCCUAUGCUUCUUGCAACUUAUUGUGGCCUCGAUCUCGCGAUUGACCUGUCGACACAUGCUAUCUAGCUUGUUUCGGGCUGUGAACAGCAAUCUAACACCUGCUCUGCUGACCACUUUUUUGAGAUUAUGGGCAACCUUAUCUACACAAGAACCGCACAAAGAGCAAUGAAACGAAAAAUGUUAGGCCUAACGUUAAGAGACAGGAAGAGAGCGGUGUGGAUCACAAAACAAACGGGGAUAGCCGAUAUUCUAGUUGACAUUAAGCGGAAGAAAUGGAUCCGUGCAGGCCAUGUAAUGCGUAGGAUGGAUAACCAGUGGACCAUUAGUGUUACAGAAUGGAUACCGAGAGAAGGGAAGUGCAGUUGAGGACGGCAGAAAACUAGGUGGGGUGAUGAAGUUAGGAAAUUUGCAGAUGCAAGUUGGAAUCAGCUCGCAUAAACGGGUAAUUGGAGAUCACAGGGAGAGGCCUUCGUCCUGCAGUGGACAUAAAUAUAGGCUGAUGAUGAUCAUGUACAUAAGGAAUAACCGGAACCGUUUGCCGCGAGUUAACCUCAUGCUGGGCUGCCGUCAGGAGCUUGUUCUUUAACCCCGUUACGAGGUUUUUGGCUAUGCUGGAUAAUAGCGUUUCAGAGAAUCCCACAAGCUUCAACCGCGAUACUGGUGAUUGAAAGCUAGCUUGUUGGUAACACACUUUAGCUAGCUUGGUGGUAAUAACACCUUACAAGGGCCACCUUCAUGCAAGCUUUUGCAAUGCCGUGCUUCACAAUCUUGGAGUGUGCACAGGAAAAGGGGAAGAGACCGUUGCGCGACCGAGGAGCAUAGUCCCAACAAACAAAGAUUUCUGAGAACAAGAGUUCCAAGUCUAAGAAGCGUAGUCUGUUGUCUGACGUAUUCUCCGUGGUCAAUUCAAAGGAACUUAUUUCAUUUUGAAAUACGCCAUAAAUUAUGGUAGCAGCAGGCUUAGUGUCGGAAGGGUUAGAGCUGUAAAAUAUUAAAAAGUCGUUCACAUAUCGCAUCACCGCUGUGUUCGUCUAGCUGAGCUUCCAUGCAAGAGAACCCGUGUCUGUGCUCUCCCUUCGUCCUGUUGUUCAGCGCUGUUUCGUCUUCUCAUAAUCGUGAACUAACCAGGCCAGAUGCAUGCCCUUCUAUGGUUAGAGUGACUUUUUUAUGCAGGUUUAUUAUUUUGGACAUCUUUUUUUAUUGUACAUACUUUACAUUCACUAACUGUCUGAACAUGCUGCUUAUAAAUUCAGCAGAUACAGCAAACUCCCUUAAGACGUACUUUCUUAAGCCAAACUUUGAGAUAUGCUAAGCAAGUGCUUGGUUGGUUUCCUGUAGAGAAACCAUGUGAAAAGGUUUCGUUUAAACUACCAUUUGAUUAAGGCGAACUUCCAUAGCCAUCACCUUCUUGGCUCAGCAAAGACCUGUCGUGACUAUUAGGACUAAGCGGUGUUUCUGUCGAAAUAAACAAGUGACAAUGAUGAUCUGAAAGCCCACGAGGUGGCUUUUCAGGCAGGAAGACAAAGUGAUGACACUACCGAGAGGCAUAAGAACCAUUGGUACUCACACUUGAUGCAGCUAAUUAAUUCUCUGAAUACUUUGGCGCAUUUUGUUAAUAUGAGGGCACUAGCAGAUUUUUGAUAAAGGUCUGUAAAAUGUAAGCUUUUUAAAAUAUCACCAAGAUUUGUAAAGCUCCAGCAACCGAAAUUUAAGUAAGAGUUCAUAAAACAAUCAUUUGGACUAUGCAAGCACAUUCAAUGUCUUCUUCUAUAUGUGCCUCUUGAUUGAAAAUAUUCGGUGUGCCUAUAAUAGUGGAACUUCUUUUGUGUGGGUCUCAUCUAUUAAGACAAACAGGAUUUCUUUGUUUCUUCGAGUUCAUGGUAAUGGCAGUCUGCUGUUGUUGCCCUUCAUGGUAUCAAAAGUUACUUUUUAUUAUGUAUUUAACCUUAAGCCUUUGACUGCUGUUUUCGUUCUUCCUGCUGCUCCUCAGCCACUGCUGGGUUUCCUUCAUGAGUUGGUUCAGUGAAAAUUUGACAAAAUGUUUGCCCGUGAUAUCAUUGAGCCUUCGAGCCCAUAGGCAUCUCCUUUCGUGCUCGUUAGAAAGAAGGACGACAGCUGGCGCUUCUGUAUCAACUACCGGAAUCUUAACCAAGUAACAAAAAAGGACGUGUACCCCUUCCCUCGGAUAGAUGACAGCCUUGACUGUCUCUGUGGUUCCAAGUAUUUUUCUUCGAUAUACAUUCAUUCCAGUUAUUGGCAGAUUGCAUUUGAGGACAUGGAUCAUGCAAAGACUGCGUUUAUUACACCUGAUGGGCUCUAUCAGUUUAAGGUGAAGCCAUUCGGGCUAUGCAAUGCUCCUGCUACAUUUAAACGAAUGAUGGACGCACGCCCCUCCUUCAUGGCUUAAAGUGGUCAAUCUGCUUGUGCUACCUCGAUGAUGUCAUUGUCUUUUCGACAACUUUUGACACACACCUUUAGCGUCUCUCGACAGUUCUUUCAGUGUUCCGCAAGGUGAGACUUCAGCUCAAUUCGACGAAAUGUCACUUCAGCCACCGAGCAACUUACUGUGCUCCAACACCUCGUCAAUUCUUCUGGUGUUUGCCCCGAUCCGGAGAAAGUUCGCGAAGUCAAGGAUUUCCCUUUGCCGACCUGCACAAACGACGUUCGAAGCUUUGUAGGCCUCUGCUCCUACUUACGCAGAUUCGUGCAAAAUGUUGCUGACAUCGCACGCCCUCUAACGGAACUUCUUAAGACGCGACCUUUGUCUGCGGUCCCGAACAAGCUAGUGCAUUUGCUGAGCUGACGACGCGACUCGUGUCGCCAUAGAUUCUUGGCCACUUUCACAUGUCCGCUCCAAUGGAAUUUUGCACCGACGCUAGCGGCCACGGCAUUGGUGCUGUUUUGGCACAAGGACAGCACGGUUGUGACCGUGUCAUUGCGUACGCUAGCCGUCUUCUGUCACCAGCCGCUUCUGGCAGCUGGUCAUCGACUUUGCGACAAAGCGCGAGCACGUCUUGAAUGUAUGUCACACAGGACUCAGUGCAAGUCUGAGGUCGGCAUGCAAGUUCUUUCUGCGCAGCACGAUGACGUCCGAUGGGCUUGCCGAAGAGAUCGGUGAGCCUUUGCUUACAUACCUCCCAGCUCGUAAUUUCCUGCUCAUGGUACAGAAACCACACUUGUGCCGUGCCCGUCAGGUAAAAUAUGAUGUUCGCUAGCAUCAGUCGCAUCCCAGUUUCUAGUGCUCACCCGUUCGUACAGGUGAAGCCGAUCUUUGACGUCGGUGUG